CUCCCUCCCUCUCUUCCCCCUGUUUUGGUGUGUCAUGCAGUAUAGCAGUUGUGUAGUGGCUGACUGCGUUUCCCUCUGUGGGACUCUUUAUGUGUCCCUGUUGUGUGUGCUGCAGUGACAGUGGGAGCGAAUGUGUGCCUGUGAAUGUAGGGGUGUGGGAAAAAGGGGGAGGGAGAGAGAAAGAGAGAGAAAGAGAGAGAGAGAGAGAGAGAGAGAGAGAGAGAGAGAGAGAGAGAGAGAGAGAAAGCGAGUAGCUAGAAAGAGAUAGAGCGCAUACACAAGGCAGGAGGCGCUCCCUCUAAUCCUGGCUGCGACGCCAAACAGCAUUGCACCGGCUGCUUCAAUAGUCUUAAUGGAGACUCAUGCAGACUCUGGUGCUGCAGAGCCACUUAGAGAUCGAGAGUUCCAGAAGCUUCUGAAGUCCUCCAGCUCUGCCAGUCUCACCAGCGAGGCAUCCCACAAUGCCUCAGGAGAGCAUGUCGGAACCCCGUCACAUCAUGGCAGCCAGGUGCUGAUCAUUGAAAAAAGACAGCCUCUCAGCAGCGUGUCCUCUCUGGAGGUGCACUUUGACCUCCUGGACCUGACGGAGCUCACAGACAUGUCUGACCAGGAGCUGGGGGAGGUGUUUGCUGAUUCAGAUGAAGAGAAUCACACAGAAUCCCCAGCAAAUCGCCAGCAGCCACCAUUACCUAGAUUUCCACACAGCGGUUACGUCCGCUCUCCCUCCUGGACCCGCGGUGGAAAAGGGGAACAGCAGCCAAGAGAUCGAAAGCACCACAGUGACUCCGAAAACACAGAGCCAAUGUUGAAGAUAGAGCGCUCUCAAUCCCAGCAGCCUUGAGCCAGGGAGAGCUACAGGGGUUUAGGAAGAAAACAAAGCCCUUGUGUGGUAAGUGGAGGUUCCUUCUCAAGCAAGAAGAUAAGGAACUCCUGGGAUCAACGGACAUGGGGAUCCCACCUAAAGAUAAUGCAAUCCCUUUGUCCAUUAUAGACAAGAAGAGAUCUCCAAAAAGCCGGGGUAAGUGUAGACUCUUCCUCAAGAUGGAACAGACUUCAUCCAACUAGGAUUUUGGGACGCCUCUUUGGGACCGAGUUACUUUCAGUCUUCUCCAUGUGACUACUGCAUAUGGAGAACUUGAAGCAUGAUGUAGCAUUAUGGACAACACUGGCUACUGCGAAGUGAAUCUAAGGAGCAACUGAGGAACUCCUCAGUGUUUAAAAUCUUCAAGGAACUUUUUAAAGAACACUGCUAUGAUUCGAAGUAGCAACUGUGAUAAGACACAGACAACCUGCAGCAUACUUCAAGACAUGGCAAUGCAUAGAAGUUACAAGAAUUCCCAACAAAAGUGUUCUUUGAGGAGAUUCUGCAUGAAAAUAGGGGGACCCAGAAACAAAGUGAAAAAUCUUGUAAAAAAAUAAAUAAAAAUACUGCCUAAAGGUCCGUUCACACCUAGAACGAUAACUAUAAAGAUAACGAUUUUAGCGUCCACACCAGCGAACGAUAUUGUUUGUGUAUUCUAAGCGGACACGCGUCUGCUGCUUUAAAUUCUCAAGCUCAUUAUGGCAG